CCCAACACCACCUUUUGCCUGGCUCAGCGGGAGCCCCUCUCUACACACUCGGGCUUUUCUUGUGACCAGGGUAAAUAUUACCUGGCACUGUUAAUGUUUAAUGCCCCCACCCUCAGCCCCGGCCACCCUGAGGCAGACACUGUCCCCGAAUUAGAGGAGACAGGAAGAGGAUUGUGGAGACGCCCUGGUGGCUGGGGAAAUGGCUGGGCCAUUGACUCUCGGUGGUGGCAGCCCCGAGGAUGCAGUGGAUCCCUUCUACUAUGACUACGAGACUGUCCGCAAAGGGGGCCUGAUCUUCGCAGGCCUGGCCUUUGUCGUGGGCCUCCUCAUCCUUCUCAGCAAAAGAUUCCGCUGUGGAGGCAGUAAGAAGCACCGGCACGUCAAUGAAGAUGAGCUGUGACAGCAGAGCUCCAAGGAUGCCCAUCUUCCCCAACUGUAGACCUCUGCCUCAUCGUGGUCAGCACUCAGGCUGAAGGAAGCGCCAGGCUCACUGUUACCCCCUUAUGGGCAUCUGCUCUUGCCUCCUGUGCCCGGACUCCCUCCUUGUCCUCCCCAAAUGCUGUAAUGUCCCACUUCCUACUGCAAGGUGGAGUGCAGUACAGCCUGGUCUAACUGGGUUUCAGUGAAUUGUGUAUCUGCCUAUAAAAGCAAGCUCAGUGUGGUCGUCUGAAGGCCGCUCUUCACUUACCCCUGAA